AAUCUCUCUUCUUCUCCAGGGACCGGACUGAGCAGGGAGACUGAGCAAGGAAGCAGCACGACCGGCCAGAGUCGGCCAGAGUCGUCACGAGGACAUGGGUCACCCGCUGCUGUCACCGCUGCUAUUCCUGGUUGCCACCUGCAUUCCAGCCUCCUGGGCCCUGCGCUGCAUGCUGUGUGAGAGGACAGGGAGCUGCCUGGAGGGAGAGUGUGCGCCCGGCGAGGACCGCUGCAGGACCACAGUAGUGAGCGUGUGGAAAGCAGGAGGGGAGGAGCUGGAGGUGGUGGAGAGGGGCUGUGCCCACACGGAGAAGUACAACAGGACCCUGAGCUACCGGACGGGCCUGGAGAUCAUCACCCUGACGGAGGCCACGUGCGAGACACCCUUGUGCAACCGGCCCCAGCCUGUCGGCAGGACGGUCACCUUCCCGCGGGGCCGGUACCUCGAGUGUGCCUCCUGUGCCUCAUCCGACCGGAGCUGCGAGCGGGGCCGGGCCCAGAGCCUGCAGUGCCGCAGCCCUGGGGAGCAGUGCCUGGAGGUGGUGACCCACUGGAACCUGCCCCAGGAAGAAAAUCCAGUUCACGAGCGUCACAUCCUCGGCUGCGGCUACAUUCCUGGCUGCCCAGGCCCCACCGGCUUCCACAACAACCACACUUUCCACUUCCUGCGCUGCUGCAACACCACCAAAUGCAACGCGGGUCCAGUCACGGAGCUUCAGAACCUGCCCCUGAACGACUUUCAGUGCCACAGCUGUGAGGGGAACAGCACCCACGGAUGCUCCUCGGAAGAGACCUCCCUCGUCGCCUGCAGGGGCCCCAUGAAUCAGUGCCUGGAAGUUACAGGCUCUACAGGGCUGGGGGAUGAGAACUUCACAGUCAGGGGCUGUGCCACCCCUUCCUGGUGCCAGGGCCUCCACAUGGCCGAGAGCUUCGGCUUCACUGACCACAGCAUCUCCUGCUGUCUUGGAAACGGCUGCAACGACCCAGCCCGGGACACCCAGCCCCGAACAGGGGGUGCCCCCCAGCUAGCCCCUGCCUACCUCAGCCUCAUCGCCACCACCCUGCUUACGGUCAUUAGGCCGUAGGGAGACCCUGUCCUCUGAACUCGGGCCUCCCAAUCCCCACCCCACUGCCCUGGCUGGAUCCAGAGGACCCCUCUGCCCUGCCCUCAGCUCCGAGUCCUGUGUGACCUCAGGCGAGUGUGCUGCCCUCUGAGCCUCGGGUCAGGCCACCCACAGAACAGCUGUGUCAGAGUUCUGCGAGACACAGAGGAGAGAAGCUGGAGAGAGGCUGCGGGCCAGCAGAGCUCCAACAGUCAGUAUUGUUGUCACCGUUGUUGCCAUUACUAAUUAAUAUUUGUGUUAUUUAAUAUUUUAUACAUAAAUAAAGAUUUUUUUGUUA